AUGGGAGUGAUAAGCAGUCCGAUGCCUUGGUGGCGCCGGGGAAGACAUGCCCCAGAGAAGCUAGGAGCCUGUGGGGAGGAGGAGUAGGUGGUUGGGGCAGUCAUGGCAACGAUUGACGAGGUGGAGAAAGAGAAUGAAGAGGCCGGACCCUCCACCAGUCAGGGCGGCUUGAAACGGAAAACGGAAUCAGGAAGUUCUCACACAGAAGGACGCCUCCGAAAACACGCCAGAGGCACUUCACCUUCCAUUUUUGAGAAAUUCUUUCUAACAGGAGAAGGCAGCGAUGUGCAGAUCCGCGCACUAGGGGAGGUGUGGAACUUGCAUAAAGCCUACUUGUGCCAGUGUGGCUACUUCGCGAGCAUGUUCAGUGGUGCGUGGAGGGAAGCAACCAUGAAUACCAUAGACUUGCAGAUGCCCGAUGAGAACAUUGACAGCGAGGCCCUGCAUGAGGUUUUAGGAUCCCUGUACCAAAUCCCCGUGUACAUUCCACCUAGACGUGUUGUGUCCAUCCUGGCCACGGCCAGCAUGCUGCAGCUGGAUGAGCUGAUUCAGCAGUGCGGGGAGGUCAUGGAGGAGACUGUCACUGCCUACACCGUAUGCAGCUACUACUACUCUGCUGAGAGCUACGGCCUCCCAAACAUCAGGACCAUAUGCUUCCAGUGGCUGCUGGACAAUCUGAUGACUCACCACUGUGAGGAGCUAUUGUUGCGGCAAGUCAGCCCAGAUAUCAUGAAAGAGCUCAUUGCCUCUUCAGAGCUCUUAGUGAUGGAAGUGGAGAUGGAUGUGUACACCAUGCUGAAAAAGUGGGUGUACUUGCAGCUGCAGCCGGAAUGGAGCGGCUCCCGCAGAGCCUUAUUGACUGACGCCAACCUGUGGUUUGCCAGGUCCAAGAGGGAGUCAGGAAGCACCCCUUUCCUGGAAACCCAGGAGGGCAGAGCCUUCGUGCCAGUGUUCCAGCAUCUGCGACUGGCCUACAUCAUCUGUGACCUGCAGUCAGCACACAUCAUUGACCAGGAUGCACUGAUCCCGGCCACAUGGCUGACCCCAGUAUACAAAGAACAGCAGCUUGCCCUGGUCCAGGCCAAGGAAAUCAAACGGGUUGGGCUAACUGACAUUCAUGUGCCUAACUUCCCUGAGUAUAGCAUGAGAUGCGGGCACCACCUUCUGAAAGAGGAGCGGUGCAGGUGGCUGUGGGCCAUCCUCAACUUUGACUGGGAUCUGGUGGUGUGCUACGCCAACCGGCGCAUCAUCUUCAAACGCAGCGCCAAGAACAAGUCCCAUGGCCUUGGGAUCAGCGUACUGUGGCAGAGAAAGGUCACUUUUCGCCUGUGUGUGGUUUCCUUGAACACCACUGGAAGAGCCACCUUCAGGAAGAGCACAGAAUACCAGGUGCUUUCCCUAGGAAGAGAUGAAGACCUGGAGGUAGUAAACCUGGAGAACCAAGAUGUGGUCUUCCCCAUAUAUGUGGCCUGUAACUUCCUGUACGUCCCCAGAGAGGGGUGUGGUCCAGAGUGA